AUGACCACCGACUCUACCAUGCUCAACUCAACAAAUCGUUUCUUAUUUCUGCCUUUGUUCUUGCUCCUCAUUUCCAUUCCCGUGUUUCAACAAACAUGGUCAGCCUCAGGCUCCCCCGAUGGUGAAAAUAGCUUCCAUAGACCCGAUCCUUUACGACACUUCAAAGACUACAAUGGAGAUUUCGACGUUCGAAACAAGCAUUACGUGGCUUCUGCGGCAUUUACAGGAGUCCAUGGAUACGCAUUUGCCUGCGUUUGGUUGCUAUGUGGGCUGGUUUUGGCCAUUUUCCUUAUACUCAAGUGUCUAUGCGGUGGCUUUGCUUCAUUAAAUUGUUUGGACCGUUACCAUCUCCACAUUUUCUUUCUACUUGUUUUCUUCACAUCUCUCGCCAUAAUUGCUUCAAGUUUUGUCCUGGCAACCAGUCAGAAGACCAUGCGGAGGACAGAAAAACUGAAAGAAUCUGUGGAGGGUAUAGGAGAAGAUGCUCUUAGGACCAUAGGCAGAGUCAUAAAAACCAUGAAACAAAUGCAGGUUCUUUUGCUUCCGUACAAUCCACAAAUAUGUGCGAAUUUGAAUUCCACCACUCAAGACCUCAGAACCAACUCGCGUGUGAUACGCCGUUUUAUUGACAAAAGUGAAAAAUCAUUCGACCAGGCCACUCAUACUAUCAAUGUAGCACAUUUCGUUGUUCUAGCCGUCAACUUAGUGACACUGUUUGCAGCAAUAGUUCUAAUGCUCCAGUAUUGGCGUCCUGGAUUUAUAAUCAUAAUUUUUUGCUUAUGGAUCUUAACAAGCCUUUGCUGGUUCUUGACUGGCUUAGAUUUUUUCCUUCGCACCUUUGCAGAAGAUGCAUGCUCCGCUUUUGAGGACUUCGAAGAAAACCCACAAAACAGUAGUCUGGGAUCGAUGUUGCCGUGCAUGAAUGAAUCUGUCUCUGGGAACUUGAUAGCUCAAAUUGGCUACACCAUCCACAGAUUUGUAGCUGAGCUGAAUUCUAAUAUGUCGGUGGUUUAUCGGCUCCUAGGAGUAAGCAAAGCAAACGAAGAAUUAAUAGGAGUCGCAAAAAUUUGUGACCCUUUCCCUGGACCCUCAAAUUUGAACUACGUUCCACAAAGCUGCCCUCAGAAUGCCAUUAGGAUUGGUGAUUUAUCAAGAAUUCUUGCAAAGUUCACUUGUCACGAAGAGGGCACAGGAGAAGAAUGCAAAAAAGAGGGAAGAUUUCUUCCUAAAGCUUCCUACAACAUGGCUCAUGCCUACAGUAGAUCCGUCCAGGAUUUGCUGGAUAUAUAUCCAGACAUGCAGAGACUAUCAAAAUGCACAGUUGUGAAGAACAAAGUUGCUGAAAUUGUGUCCAAGCAAUGCAGGCCAAUUAGAGUUUCAACUAAAUUGCUAUGGUCAUUGAUGCUGUCUCUCUCCAUUAUAAUGGUACUCUUGGUAUUCACGUGGGUGACAAAGGCUUUUCAAUGUUGGGGAAGACCACUUUCUAUAUAUUCAAGGACCCCAACAUCUACAUAG